UUUUUUUUGUACUUAUUUAAUGCUUCGAUUAAAUGUUCCGCAUUCUUGUAAAAAUCAUGCUUCUACUUUUUCAUUUUGUUUUGGACGAGUGAAUUGGAAAUGUUUCUAUUCUACCCUGUCUCAACAAGCAGAAAAACAUUUUUCUCCACAGUUUCAACCGAUUAUUGGACUUGAGUUGCAUGCACAAAUCGCUUCAAAUACCAAACUUUUUUCUGCGAGUUCGUCGGCACACAACGCCUCUGUGGAGUCUAACUGCCAUGUUUCCAUUUUUGAUUCAGCAAUACCUGGCACACUUCCUCGUUUGAACAGUUCUUGUAUUCAUAAAUCCCUUUUGGCAGCCGUUCUCCUAAAUUGUCAGGUUGCCGAGUUUUGCAGAUUUGACAGAAAACAUUACCUCUAUCCAGACUUGCCUUUAGGCUACCAAAUCACUCAAAAAGCUAAUCCAAUAGCUAAAAAUGGUUAUUUUAAUUUUUAUGUAAAUUCAACGGAUGAAGAAGACGACUCGGUUUACUACCAAAAAUCUGUUGGAAUAGAACAAAUUCAAUUAGAAAUGGACAGUGGAAAAUCUAUAAGACAUGGAAAUUUGGACUUGAUAGAUUUAAAUAGAGCAGGGAUUGCUUUAAUUGAAAUUGUAACAGCUCCAGAUUUUUACAAUACAAAUGAGGUUAUUUGCUUUGUUGAACAGCUUAAAAUGGCGCUUUCUCAUAAUGGAAUUUGCUUGGGACAAUUUCAUGGUUUUUUUUAUUUUUGA